UCAGUCUAACCUACCUGCAGAUCCCAAUUCAGGCCUCGGCAGUGGGUGCCCCGGCCACUGUACCACUAGCGAGAUUCCAAAAAUGGACUUUGAAUCAGUGAAAAGAUUGCUAGAGAAAGAAGGAGGCCCAUAUGAAUCAACAGUGGAUUCUAUGCCCCAGAGAUACUUUGAACCCUUUGUAGUUCAAGGCCUCAAGGUUGACCUCAUUGAACGGGGUCGUAUUGUCUGCUCCAUGGUUGUUCCUUCUCGUCUUCUGAAUACUGGGACUUCUUUGCAUGGUGGGGCGACAGCCACGCUGGUGGACAUGGUGGGUUCAGCUGUCAUAUACACCGUGGGGUCUCCGGUGACUGGAGUUUCCGUUGAGAUCAAUGUUUCCUACCUGGAUGGUGCCUAUGUUGGUGAUGAAAUUGAGAUUGAGGCAAAGACAUUACGAGUUGGAAAGGCAAUUGCUGUUGUCAGUGUUGAGUUGAAGAACAAAAAGACAGGUAAAAUUAUUGCUCAAGGGCGUCAUACAAAGUACUUAGCUUUAUCAAGCAAGUUGUGAGGAACCCGCUCUUUGGUACCUUGUGCAAUAUUGACGGCAGAUUGGCUUCUAAAUGUCUGAGCCUCAACUUAAACAAGAAACUUUCAUGUCUAUUGAAGGCUAGGUUUUAUGUCGUAUUCAUUCGGGUUCAAGAAGCUGUGCAGCUUAUUUGGUGAGUGAUGAAUUGAACUUUCAUGCAAGACUACUACUUGGUCAUUUUAGUUUAAAUUCUUGGUCAUUAAUACUUCAUUUCCUUUCAAAAGCAGCACCGCAUGAUACUAACAAUCAAGAACUCGGUCUGCAGAUAGAUGCUUAGGUCGCCGUAUCUUCUUCGAAAGGAAAAUGCUAAAUCUUGUUUUCUUCAA